CAAUUCAACCAUUCACUUGUUCACUUACCUGUCUAUUAUCUACCUACCCUACGAUAUGGUAUUAUUCUUGUUUAUUGAAUAACUUCCGCUUUUUGUUUCAGUGAUUUUCUCAGAUACAAUCAUUCAAUUCAAACAGUCGGAGACGGACAGGUAAUUACACACCGGAUCCGUUCAUUAUUUCAACUUUAUCCCCAUAAAGUUAUCCUCCUGAGCGCGCGCAUUCAUCCUUUCGAAUAACGAUAUCCACAACAACUUAACUCGAUUCUUGCACAUUCUCGUAUUCCAAAUUUUUGAUAAUACAUCCAUCUAGCUAUCUCCACUUCCAACAUCAUGGGUCUCCUUAAAACUCUCCUGUACCUUUCUGUCCAUCCAAAUCAGUUAAGAGCAAUCUUACAAUGGUAUAUAUUUUGAAUACAUCUCCUCAUCUGCCAUCACUAAUGCAUGAAUUAGGAAACUAUGGCACGACCCAGUCCAUACCAGAGAUCCAUCCAAGGAAUCUCAAUCUCUGAAAGACUGUUUCAAAUACCUCGAAAUGACCAGUCGAAGUUUCAGUUCAGUUAUUCAAGAAUUGAACCCCGAAUUACUUGUGCCAGUCGCCCUUUUCUAUCUGAUUUUGCGAGGACUGGAUACGGUCGAAGAUGACAUGACAAUACCAUUAGAGAAGAAGGAACCACUGUUGAGAACCUUUGAUAGCAUUAUUGAGGAGGACGGAUGGACAUUCAAUGAGAAUGGACCCAAUGAGAAAGAUCGAGAACUUUUGGUUCACUUCGACUGUGUCAUUACUGAAUUCAAGAAGUGCAAACCUGCCUAUCAGAAGAUCAUCAAGGAUAUUACGAAGAAGAUGGGUGACGGAAUGGCCGAUUAUGCGAAUAAUGCAGAGCACAACAUCAAUGGUGUCAACACAAUCAAGGAUUAUGAAUUAUACUGUCAUUACGUUGCUGGUCUUGUAGGAGAUGGUUUAACAAGACUGUUUGUGGAGAGUAAAUUGGCAAAUCCAGCUUUGCUCAACAGACCAGAAUUGUGCGAGUCCAUGGGUCAAUUCCUUCAAAAGACGAAUAUCAUUCGUGAUAUUCGGGAAGAUUUUGAUGACAAGAGACGUUUCUGGCCUAAGGAAAUCUGGUCAAAGCAUGUUGAAAAGUUUGAUGACCUCUUUGAUCCCAAGAAUAGAGAAGUGGCUUUGGCUUGCAGUUCGGAAAUGGUGCUUAAUUCCCUUCGCCAUGCGGAUGAAUGUCUGUUUUAUAUGGCGGGCAUAAAAGAUCAGAGUGUCUUCAAUUUUGUUGCUAUCCCACAAGCCAUGGCAAUCGCAACCUUGGAGCUUGUUUUCCAGAACCCUGCUAUUUUCGAGAAGAAUGUUAAGAUAACAAAAGGUGAUGCUUGUCAAUUAAUGAUGGAAUCUUCGCAAAACUUGCGUACGGUUUGUGAUAUCUUUAAGAGAUAUGCAAGGAGGAUACAUAAAAAGAACUCGCCUAAGGACCCUAACUUCCUCAAGAUUAGCAUUGCUUGCGGAAAGGCAUGUGAUCCAGUUCGAUUAUUCAAGAAUUCGGUUGCUAAUAUUCAUCAGAUCGAACAAUUUAUUGAAUCUAUAUUCCCAUCCCAAGAUCCAAAAGCUAUUGCUUUACAACAAGCUGGUGAAACAUCUGCGGCCCAGAAGAAAUCAGCAGCCGAAGAAGCAGAGGCUAAGAAAGAUGUGAUGUACCUCAUGCUGGCAGUUCUCGGGACCCUUUUAGUCAUCUCUGGACUUAUGGUAUGUCUCUUCCCCUUGGCCCAUGGAACUUCACUAACAGGAUCCAGAUUGGAGCAGCAUGGCUAGCAGGAGCUCGAUUUGACGUUGCCAUAGGCGAACUUAAGAAAGGAAAUUACGUACCCAAACACGACACAGGUAGCCCGGAAACGCAAAGUAUUGCACAGGGAUAUGAUCAUGCGGAACUCUAAUCAUUUGCCUUUUAAUUAUGCCUCUAUUUAACUGAUGAGUUUACCGGCACGGCGCGGCGCGGCUCUAAUGAACUCAUACUACCUAGAUACUACAUGAUCUUUUUCCUCAUUGUACUUCAGAUCUCUUAAUAGAUGUACCAUAAAUUUGGGUCAUGCUGAUAUUGAUAGAAAUAAUGGGAUGUGUAUUAAUGACUUAUUUUCGCCGAAUUUCGAGCCUUUGAUUGAUAAGU